AAACCCAGGUCUUUUGUGAUUUGUUGAUUUGUGCUUUGAUUUGGUUUUCAGAGCCAGAAGUUACACACCUCCAAACCUCACCAGCUCACCAGCGCGCACGAAGCCUUCAACACUAGGACACCGAGGAGGCAGCCGCAACAAUGCAAGGGGAGCAACAAGACUGUGCCAGCAAGGAGAAGGAGAAGAGCGGCACGUUUGUUGCCUAUGGCGAGUGGGGGAAAACCAGAUGCACGUACCACCGGGCCAUUUCAAAAACACACACGCUCACCUUCGACAAGGCCAACGAGACAGACACGGCCCUUGCUGCCUUCGACUACUGUGUGCGGCGGCCACCUGUCUUGGCACGCAUUGUGCAGAGCGACCCCGGCAACGUCACCUGCACCCUGCAGACGUCCCCAGCCUUGCUGACGGUGACAGGUGUCACACGGGAGCAGGCGGCUGCGUUGGCAGAAGAGUACACCAGCGAGCUCAUGGAGGCGUACUGCGAUGCCGUGGCUUUAGGUCGAGGCUCCCUCGACUUCAACUUCUACAUGCACCGCUUCUUUGAUGACGAGGAAGAGCACGUUGGCGAGCUCGAUGCACACGAGCACUCGGCUUCUUCACGCACCAGCGACAAGGACAUCAACUCCAGCACAUGCAGUGAGCACAGCACCGCAAGCGACAGCGACAAUGGCAGCAGCAGAGGCAGCGAAGGCUGCAGUGGCAACGAAGGCUGCAGUGGCGGCGAGGUGAGCGACGCAGACAGCGGUGUUCACGGCUCAGCCUACGCACCCAGCAAGAGCAGCGCCAAGCAUGCUGAGCACGCCGAGCACGUUGAGCAAGCGACACAAGCAGCUGCUCGAGCAGUCGAGACGCAGGUCAUCCCUGUCGACAUUGCGGGGAUGCAGGGUGAGCUUAAGCUGAAGGACGACGACGAGAACUUUGCACUCGUCGCUGCUGCCAUCCACCGCGGCCUGGAACGACUGCAGUUCACGAAGGACACGGCGUUUGCGGCUGUGGGCCCGAAGAUGCCGCUCAAGCCGUCCGCAGACGCCCCAGCUUUGCUUCAGCAGGCCAUGUGCGCACAGCUGUUGCGCUUGAGACAAGAGGUGGGGGAAGGCAGCGAGGAUGGCAGAAACGAGGACGGCAACAAACACCAGCAGCACCAGCAGCACCAGCAGCAGCAGCAGCAGCAGCAACAGCAACAGCAGCAACAGCAGCAACAGCACCACCAGCAGCAACAGCACCACCAGCAGCAACAGCACCAGCAGCAGCACCAGCAGCAGCAGCAACAGCAGCAACAGCAGCAACAGCAGCAACAGCAGCAACAGCAGCAACAGCAGCAACAGAAACAACAGCAGCAACAGCAGCAACAGCAGCAACAGAAACAACAGCAGUUUGGCCUGAAGAAGGAAGACGACAAGGUAGACGAGGAAGACGCGGCAGGGUGCCACAAGAGCGCGGCGCGUGUGUUCAUCAUUGCGUCCACCGACCCAGCUGCACUAGAGGCUGCGCGUGAGGCUCUCAACCACGCCCUUGCAAACUUCCGCCUUGAUGUGCCAGGUUAUGCCGACCUUGCCGGUUCUUGGGACCAGAUGCUACACAACUUCACGCAUCACGCCGAUACGCGGCAGAGUAUUCUGGAUACUCGGGGCAUCAAGUUUUACCGCACAUGUGCUGUUCCACCUGAGCUGCGACCUGCGCUUGAUAACAUUGAGAUGGUGUGGCUGCAAUCAUAUCAGCCGCCCACCUUGAAGCAAUGGAAGUCCAUGGUCAGCCUCCCAAACAUCAAGAUACUUGACCUCAACUCGCCGCAAAACACAGCAGAGCUGUUUGAGAAGGUGAAGGCGACGGGCGACGGGGAGCUGGUGCGCCGCUUCAAGGAGGUGACGGUCCUGUACGACCACACGGGCCUGAGCCCCGAGGAGGCACAGCGGCACCGAUACCGGCAGCGACUCGCGUCUGCGUUUGACUUUUUCACCAUGUUCGGGCAUAGCCGGGACUGCGAAGCGUGCAAGCAGUGUGAGAUGAGCUGGUGGUGCCUGUAUGACAAUCCCGGCAGCUGCGAAGGCGUCGACAUCUAUGACCCCGACUACUCGGACGGGCUUGACUGAGAUCAUGAGAUGGUCUUAUGGUCUAGGAGGAUGGUGAACAUGAUGGCAACAUGGCUAAGUGAUGUGCUCAUGCCUGUGUGGGACAAGCAAGGAGUGGGGCUGGCUGUCAAAUGUAUGAUUGGUGGAGUUUGCAACACACGACGUAUGUUUGUCCCUCCAAGGCUGCGUGGGUGAGUGUGUUUGGUGUCGUCUGCAGGUGGGCUGCUUUGAGAGUUCGAGUGCCUUGAGAUGAAUACAAAAUACAACUAGAGAAGAGAAC